AUGGACGGCGUGUACCGGUUCGACACGGAGCUCGAGGCGUUCGUCGUCGACGGCGGCGAGGGCGGCGAGAGCGACGGCGACGACCCGAGAGCGGCGUCGCGUCGGUCCGUGUUCAAGAAGCGUUGGAUCGAGACGAUGCCCGCGGUCGGGUUCGAUCCGGCGACGGGGGGCGCCAACGGGAUCAACAACUCCGCGGCGUGA